AUCAGUAAAAAAUUAAGCAUAAAGGGAUGAAAAAAAUGGAACUUCGGCGAAAUGACCCAAUAAUUAAUACAACAAACCGAAAAAGUUCGUUGUGGCGAUCGAUGGCGACGCCAGGCUCAGCCGCAAGCGGCGGAGCGUCGGCGAAGUCCAUGGUGGCGGAACAGAUCUCUCAGGCGGUGCAGUCCACCUCCAACCUCCUCCACCUCAUGCAACAGACAUCUCCUGCACAGGCUCAACUCAUUAAGCUUCCUAAGAACCUUUUGGCAAAGGUUUCCACCAUCAAGAAUACAGAGCAGGUUUUAAACCAGAUGCCUAGGGUAAUAUCAGCUCUGGAUGCUCAUAUGGAAAAUGGGUUACACAAUAUUCCACAUCUGAAGACUGUGGUUCAGUUACUUGCAAAUAUGGAAAGCAGCCAGCUUAGUUCAUUGUCCCAAACCCAUCCUCUCAAGGAACUUGAACCAGGGAACCAUUCUCAAGGGACAGGUUAAUGGAAUGUAUGUUGCUUGGGAGUCUCACCUCUCAUCUAUUCAUGCAGAAUUUUUGGAAGAUCUGUGAGUGCAUUGGAUUCUAUUUGUGGUGUGGACCCUUGUGAUACCGAGUUCGAGUCGGAGGGGCAUACGGGUACAGGAUCAGGUACCUCGGGGGUUAAUACCUCGGGUGGCAGGAGGUCGGAGCUGAGUUGAGAUUUAUGUUUUUAUGAUGAUAUGCUUGGAUGCUGACAUGUUUUACAUUUAUUAUGAUGUUAUUGGAUUUGAGACUAUGUUGGACUUUGUUGCCAUAUUUGGUGAGCAUGGGGAUUGUUCAUGUCACAUUGAUGUUAGUUAUGCUUGUAGUUUUGAGUUGUAUAAACUAUUAGGAUGGUCCGGUCUACGUGUUGUAGUUCCGUGACUAGAGACAUAUUUACUUAAUAUAUGAGGUAUUUCAGUUAGUUGUUUGAUUGCAAAUUAUAUACCGGCAAUGUUUUGAAAAUGAUUAAAUAAUCAACUUGGUAAAUGAUAAUGACGUCAUAAUUGAAAAGAAAAAGUUUAUUUCGUAUUUUAAUUAAGCGUAGCUUAAUACGAUUACAUGAUAACAAAUCGGGUAUACACGGGGUGUUACAUGAUGCAUCUUUUAUUCUUUUUAUUUAAAUCAAUUUUCCUUUUGUUGCUAUGGUACUAUUUCCAGACAGAAAA